UAAUGAGCAGCGCAAGUUAAAUUGACUAUGACGACUGACUUCAGUGACUUCUGCUGAAAUGAUUUCUUUUUAAAUUACAGGCAGGUAAAUUGCCAUAAAAAAACUUCAUUACAAACAAAAACAAGCCAUUGUUGACGGGUGAACGAUUGACGUCUGUUUAAACAAAAAAUAAAGCAAAUCCUGAGGGUAUAAAUUCAGUAACAAAGUAUUCUGAAUCCUUUUCAAAAUAAGAAACGACCAGGAUGCCCGAGAAAAAACGUGUUCUUGUCAUUUGUUUAGGAAAUAUUUGUCGUUCUCCAAUCGGAGAAGCCGUUUUCCAACAUUUGAUUAAAAAAAAUGGUCUUGAAGACCAGUGGGAAGUAGAAAGUGCCGCUCUGAUCGGAUAUCACACAGGGAAAUCUCCAGAUCGCAGAGCAAUGUCAACACUCAGAGACAAAGGAAUCACAGAUUAUUCUCACAAAGCGAGACCUAUAACGAAGGAUGAUUUUGUGAAAUUUGACUGGAUUUUUGGGAUGGAUGACGAAAAUAUUUCCCACCUCAAUCGUAUGAAACCGGCUGAUGGCAAAGCAAAAAUAGAACUAUUAGGAAAAUACGAUCCGGAAGGAGAAACCAUCAUCCGUGAUCCCUAUUACGACGAUGACAGUGCAGGAUUUGUAAAAGCCUACGAACAAUGCCUGAGAAGCGUGACCUCUUUUUUACAACAUAAUAAAAACGAAUAAGAAUUGUAAAUACUGAUGAAUACACUUGAGCACACCUCAACAAUGUUUCGAUCAUCGCCGGAGUAAAUGAGUCUUUGCAGUUUAUCUUCAAGGGUAAAAUCUAUAAGACCGUCGAGAGGCCCAGUUGGAAUAUUCAUAUCAAUGACAAGGGCGUCGAACUCUUUGCCCA